AUGCCCACGACGAUCCUAAACGCAAACCCUAGCAACUUCCGUGCAUUAGUUCAGAAAUUCACUGGACGUUGUUCCAACACUGACAUCUCCGUCCGAAGAAAAGGUCCGGUGACGUUAGAUUUCAGGUCGCCGGCUUCGGUGUCGAAAGAAGUCAUAUUUCCCAGCUCCGGUGAUACCCAAAAUUACGAUAGUGCCAUUGAUCGGCACGUGGGUGAUGGGGAGAGUCACGUGACAAUGGAAUGGGAUCAGGGUAAGGAAACGGUGCUGUAUCAGAUGGGUCAACUAAGUGAAUGUAUGCAUCGUGCUAAUGGUCAUUAUGAUAAUCAUGAUGAUCAUGAUGAUGAUGAUGAUCUUGUGAGGGAAUACUUUGAAAAUAGUAGCUUUAAUGGAAUGGGUUACAUGGAUUACGAUGAUUUUUACCAUGACGCGCAAUUGUUGGAGGAUUUUAUGAUGAGAGAUCUCGAUAUAUCUGAUUAUGCAUGGAAUAUGUGA